UAACACAAAGUAUGAACUGACAUAAUCCCAUUAAUGUGGGUAUUAUAAAUGAAUAAACUGCACAGUAUUUAGGUUCUCUCACAACAAAGACAAAACUGAAAUGUGACAAUGACCCAAACUACCUGUGUUACACCAUUUUAUUGUGCUGCUCUGAGACGUGCAUGUCCCGCCCACUCACGUUGCUGAUUGGCUUGGGUGUUUUAUUUUGACGAGCUGAUUGGCUAAUUCCCCUGUACUGUACGUUUGAGCGGAGGCAGGAAAGAGAAAGGGAGUGAGUGCUUGUUGCCAAAAAGCAUGUAUUUGAUUUGGGGAAAGCGUUAAAUCUGAACUGUUUAGUUGAUAUCAGUCCACCAUGAGAAGAGUCACAUUGUUUGUCAACGGAACGUCCACAAAUGGAAAGGUGGUGGCUGUAUACGGGUCUCUGGAUGAUCUACUGUCUGUUGCCAGUUCCAAACUGGGAAUAAGGGCCUCUAGUGUUUAUAAUGGGAAUGGAGGACUCAUAGAUGACAUAUCAUUAAUCAGAGAUGAUGAUGUGCUGUACAUAUCUGAUGGGGAUUCGUUUGAAGAUCCUCAGGAAGACCUUAGAGGCCCUGAAAAGUGUCAGACUCACACUGACUGGCUGACACUUAACGUUGGUGGACGUUGCUUCACCACCACAAGGAGCACACUAGUCAGCAAAGAGCCAGAGAGUAUGUUGGCCCAUAUGUUCAGAGAAAAAGGUGAAUAUCAAUCACUGAUGCCUAUUAGCUUUAUGAGACAGUUGCUCUUUUCUCAGUUCACUUCAUACUGUUAUCCUCUGCCUGCUCUUUCACCCUGGCACUCUUUAGAUGUUUGGGGGAACAAGCAGGACUCACAGGGAGCAUUUCUAAUCGAUCGCAGUCCCGACUACUUUGAACCCAUCCUGAAUUAUCUGAGACACGGACAGCUCAUCAUCAAUGAAGGCAUCAACCCUCUUGGGGUGCUGGAAGAGGCUCGCUUCUUUGGUAUCGAGCAGCUAGCUGAGCAGUUGGAGAACCUGAUAAAGUCCACUCAGCCUCCUGAUGACCAUUCUCCUCUGACUCGGAAGGAGUUUAUUCGAUUCCUUUUGGCCACAACAACUAAGUCAGAGCUGCGGUGUCAGGGUUUGAAUUUUAACGGUGCAGAUCUCUCUCGUCUGGAUCUACGCUACAUCAACUUUAAGAUGGCCAACCUCAGUGGAGCUAAUUUGAUGCAUGCCAACCUCAGCGGGGCAAAUCUGGAGAGAGCAGACCUGUCUAUGGCUUGUCUUGAUGGAGCCAAUCUGCAGGGUGUGAAGAUGCUGUGCACCAAUGCUGAAGGAGCUUCUCUGAGAGGCUGUAACUUUGAGGAUCCUGCUGGAAUCAAAGCAAAUCUGGAAGGAGCCAACUUGAAGGGUGUGGAUAUGGAGGGAAGUCAGAUGACUGGUAUCAAUCUGAGAGUCGCAACACUGAAAAACGCCAAACUGAAGAACUGUAAUCUGAGGGGAGCUACCCUGGCCGGGACGGACCUGGAGAACUGUGACUUAUCUGGAUGUGACCUUCAAGAGGCGAACCUUAGAGGCUCCAAUGUGAAGGGAGCCAUCUUUGAGGAGAUGCUGACUCCUCUACACAUGUCUCAGAGUGUGCGGUGAACCAGUCUUCCAUUUUACACAACAAUAUACACUCCACUGCCUGAGGAGGACAAAUGUAUGCCAAACCUUAUAUUUCAUCCAUUCGUUAGACAACUUACAUUUUAUAGAGUAUUUUGCACCCAUAAAUAUACACAUAUGCCUUGUAAGAGCUGAAAAGAUAAGAAUUUUUGAAUUUUCUUCUUGUUCGAGAGCAGCUGAUGAACAAGGAAGUUGACUCCAAUGUGUAUCAUGGUAUGCUUCCAAUAGGCUAUUGAAUGACAAAAGAACCACUGUUAAUAACCACUAAAGUAGUAGAAAUAGAUUUUAAUAAAUGUAGGGAGUGCAGGGCUAUUAGUAUUGUUUCGCACAGCCAUUAUUGAUGUUUCUAAUUAGCUUAUUCAGACAAAAUUCCAAAGAAAGCUACACAAAACCGAGAAAGAAACAAAAUCAUUCAGCAUUAAAGGAGUUUUACUGCUGAUUUAUGGACUAAUCAUAUCUGAACUAAUAUGAACUUUAGUACCUUCAGUGUGAUUAAUACUCAAGCUUCAUCAGCUGUAGGUUAAUAAAAAUGCUGUCCAGCUUCCUGUUUGGUGAAAACAGUAUUUUAGGGCAAACACUGGAGUUCAGACGCUCUAAUGUGACCUCCUGUUGUUCAAAUGUUUUUACACUAAUGAAAUAACCAAUUGCUAAUAAAACUAAUAGACAUAUUACGAAAUAGUAUGUAUAUUAGCCUUUAAUAUGACCAGAUUGUAGUUGUAAGGAGAAUGACUGCAGUGUUGAAUAGGGCAUUGACUGUACCCUACAUGUACUUUAUUUAGAUUUCCAUUGCCCUGUAAAGUAGUCUGUCUACUGUUGGGUAAACACGUCGCUCUGCUGUAUAUGUCACAUUAAUGUGAAUGUAUCUUUGUAGUUUGAUCAGAGGGGGUUUAAUGUUCUGUUAUGGUUUGUCUGAACAUGUUUCUCAUUUGACCUGCAUUAGUUACCAAGGUAAUGGAUGUCAGUUGUAAACCUGAGCUCUCAUAUGUGACCAAGGUUUACCACUUUUUUCAUGGACAGUACCAUUUAAAACAGGCUGUGUGAGACCUUGAAGAACAUGUUUUUUUAUACUGUAUGUUGCCUGUGUGUCUUUGUUGAAUUAUGUUCGUACAUGCUCCCCCUCUAUUUUAUUACCUCUGGUUUGACUCAUAAACACAGGUGCUUAUUGUAACUGCAAAUUUGAGCUUGCUUCCUGUCUUGCCUAAAGUGUGAUGUCAAAAUUUACAGUAAAGAUACUCUGAAUAGCCAUUCUCCAUUGCCAAAGUUUCCAAGUUAUUGCUAUGGCAGGAUUUUGCCACUGCAUGUAUAUUUUAGGAAUUCAUCCUGCUGAGACUUUUUGUUUGUACAAAGUCAUCACUGACUAGAAGAGUCAGAGCACUUCAACUGUUGUGACAUGUGAAACUGUCUUUAUACCAAUGUGGUGCUAAUCUUUACCUGUCAGUUUUUUCUGCUGCGCUGUGACAAGAUGUUCAAUAAAUGUUUUUACACUUCUCACAUUU